UUUAAACUGAUGGGAAAGUUAAUCUUCCCUAAUAAAUGGUGUUGUUCUCGAAAUACUCACUCUGUCCUUCACCUCGAACACUAUUUCUUUUGAUGAUCAAUGGCAUACCGACCGUUUCGGUCUUGCGAGGAACGUUAGCAUAGGAAGAGCUAGGAAUCCUCUGCAGUAACUAACACAUGGAUCGUAUCACACUUGCGCAACUCCCCGAACGCGAAACUGCAACUAGGACAAUUCAUUACUUAUGAAUCCCUCACCCCAGCAAGAAGCCAUUGUAGCUGCUUAGCUUUCUGAGCUGAGUCAAUAACUCGAAGAUGUCGUUUAGCGCCCCAGUACUGCCGCAUUCGCUAGAGCAACCAAUCUCAACUUCCUUGGGGAAUUCACCGGGGCAUUCACCAGGGCAUUCGCCCGGAGCUUCAUCGGGGGCUUCAUCGGACUCACCACCCCUGGUCCUUGACAUCGGCUCAUCAUCUGACUCGGAAGACUCCAUAGUCUCUGCACGGCAGUCACACCAACCAACUCCAGUCAACAUUGAAAAUGGAAUUGAGGCAAUCCAACCUAUAAUACAAGCGGUCCAGGUCGUCGGAUCAAAUGCUCCCCUCCUCGGUGUCCCCGUGCUGCGGCGCGAAGGCAGGACAGGAGCGUACUUUCCGGAAGACAAGGCCAAGGCGGUCGAGUAUUUUCUAAAGCACUCGAAGGAACGCGGGAUUGAUAAGAAGAAGGCGGCGGACGAGCUGGGUGUGAAAUAUAUUACGCUCUAUCAAUGGGUUCGCGACGCCGUCGAACGUACCCGGGCGUCCCAGCCUGCUGCGAGGUUUCCUAGGUUCCAUACAGCGGACGACCAAGUGGCCCAUCAGCGGAAUUCAGAUGCUUUUUCCCCCCAAUAUCAUGCAGAUACGAUCCAUAGGGGCCGAUAUGAAACCAACUCGCCGUUCCAUACAUCACAUGUAGGGAUCGCUGACAGUGUGAAACGACGACGAACGGAGAAUCCUUCGCCGACGUACGCCAGUUUCUUUGAAAACUCGAGCUCGCUGAGUGACAUGCUGCUCCAACGGGGUGUAAGUCUCCACGACCAAGGACAGCGGAUGGCGUUUGGCGGAGGGUACCCUCGCAGCCGAGUGGGCGAUGUUCCGCUGGCAAAUCUGCGUCAGCCGCACCUACGCGAACCGUGCAUGUCUCUUGAUAGCGAUGGUCGUGACCCGGAAGAUGAUCGCAGACCACCGACACAACUCGUGCGGAGGACCUUCACAGGAGGACCACCAGGGCCGCGUCAACCGCCUCCUCAAUCAGGAGCCCCCACACCCACGGUCGACAGAAGACAUUCGGUACUGAUUGAGGGGACACCGAAGGUCCGCACCUCGACCGUGGACAACGUCUCGCACCUACCACACUCCGACGUGCGGCAAUCAGAGGUCAGCAACUCGCUGGCGGUAACAUGCUCAAUAAUACGGUCGACGGUGAAAUGCUCCGACCUGCAACGAACAGAAAUGGAAGCAAGCCGAGUGGAAAAUUCGGAGAUCCUUGGCUCGACGCUAGCGGCCACGACGGUCAAGGAGUCGCAGAUAUGGGACGCCGAACUGACCAAUUGUGAGGUGGAGAAUAGCAAGGUCGAUGGCGGCGUCCACGAGGGGAAGAUAUACCACAACGUCGUGAUCAGUGGGUCGGAAGAGCAGACGCCCGUGGAAGGGAAUGGGAUUUGAAAUGAAUGGGUAGCGAGGGCGCAUUUUUUAUUUCGACAUAUAUCUGAACCAACGCUUCAUAUGGGGGAAUAAUUCACAAGCUUAUCCUACAAAUGGCACCUCCAUCC